CAUGCUCGUCCCUCUCCUUUGUGUCUUGUUUGCCGCCGUCGCCAAGUCAGGUCAUGGAGCUGACAUAGUCAGAGGGACGGAGGUUCAGCCUCACUCCCUGCCCUUCAUGGCUCUUGUUGUGUCUACGAGACAAAUAUGUGGGGGAACCCUGAUCAACGAAACAUGGGUCCUGACUGCCGCACACUGCAAGUGGCCCGCCGAAAUUCAAGGAGUGAUUGUGGGGCUUCACUCCAUCGACAAGGAAGAGGCUUCCAAGCAGACAAUAGAAAAGGCGCGGCUGGUGGUCCAUCCCCACUACAACGCGACUGACAAUGACAAUGACCUCAUGUUGGUGGAGCUCAGCAAACCGGUGAAGAUUAAUGAUAAGGUGCAGGAGGUGAAGUUAGCGGAGAGCGGCAAAUACCCGGAGGCUGGCGUCAAAUGUCUGGUGGCCGGAUGGGGACUGACCAACUACACCAUCAAGAAGCAUUCUGACGUGCUGCGGUACGCCACUGCCACCGUGAUCGACCGGCAGACGUGCAUGUCUCCCGGAUAUUAUGGCCCAAACAGGGUCAUCCCGGAUGGCAUGAUCUGUGCCGGCGGAAUGAAGGAUGACAUCGGCGAGCCUUGUACGGGCGACUCAGGGGGGCCCCUGUUGUGCGACAAGGUCCAGGUCGGAGUCGCCUCUUUUACCAUCCAAGGUUGCCCCAGUAAAAGGCCCAGCGUGUACAUUCACCUCUCCAAGGAUCAACUCGAGUGGAUCAAGAAGACAACUACAAAUCAAGAUCAAGUUCAAUAAAAGAACGUCUGGCCUCUUGUUUAACUUUAAUAACAUGUCAUUGUGCAGACCAGAAUCAGCUCGGUGACUGAAGUAGAGCAGUUUAUUAACACCCAAAACACUCAUCUGCAGCAUGCGAGACAAAAAAAUGACAUUACAAGAAACACACAAUUUCAU